GCUACUAUCACCCACGCUACAAAAAAAUUCACCCAACACCCUAUCCAGAUCCCCUCCACCCCCACCUCCCUUCCACCUCCUCUCUUCUCUCAACCCACUCGUCGUCGGCCCUGCUGAACAACAGCGGAGGGGCCAUGGCGACGAACGAGCGACCUGCCGCGUCCGUCGACCCCUACGCCGAGCUCGCCUACUCGCGCGGCCCCUCUCCCCCUUCCGCUUCCCCAGAGCCCCCGCCUCACUCUUCUCUGCUGGGACGUGGUGUUCUCGCGCUCGGCGUGGGGGCCUACGACACUGACGCCGUCGAUGACAAGGAGCUCCACCUCGUGCAUCACAAGGACGGCCAGCGCCACAUCAAGGGCUGUGAACCUGUGAUGCAUCAGUGGAAGAAUCUGGCUUACGAGAAAGAGACAUAUGCGAGCGCUUUGUUUUCUUCUUUUAGGGUGCCUCCUACAGAUACAAGUACAUGCUCAAGUCAGCGUGGCCCGGUGGGCGCUGUGCUCUUCAACCCGGUGAAGCCCGGCGGCCACGUCGCAUAGAUGAUCGUCCAGGUGAUCGUGACACCGAAGGUUGCCGAGGUGGAGGACCUCGACGCCACCGUCCGAGGAGGGGGGGGGCGAGGAUUUGGGUCCACCGGCAUCUAAACUCCGAGCCUUGGUAGAUACAUCUAGAGAACAAGUUUGUUUAGGUUGGUGGUGAACACUAGGGAAGGUACCCACGUUUUGAUGAUGGUUGUGUGCGUAUGAUGUUAAAUGGACUCUUGUGAUCUCUUCCAGUUGGGAUGGUUCUAUGACCUUAGUUUAUCUUGCA